UGCUCAUUUUGUGGUAACAUUUUCCGCGGGAACCGCACUGCGCGCUACUCUCAUUUGUAAAAUAGCAGUAAAAUCUGGAAAGGCCAUUAUAAAACAACUUUGUCUGACUCCGUUUCACCACUCAGAUUUUGGUUGUGGUAUAGUGCCAUUAAUGCCCUAAAUUCAUUACCAUAUCAGUUAACUAAGUUGGUUUUCGCCAACCUUUUAGAACUGAAAGUUGUCUAAUACAAAGGACAAAAGUAAACGCGUAACUUUUCUCUUGUUAUUUUGAAUAUGAAUUUGCAAAGGCUGCGGAUUUUUAAUCUAUGGAGGAACGUUAACCAUGUGUCUACUCGUUUUUCACAUCCACAUAAACCAAACUUUAUUCAAUCAACAGCACUGACAAAGACAAAAUAUUUCCUUGGAUUAACUGAUAAACUACGAUAUUCAAACAUAACCCUUCGUAUUUCUGGUGAAAACUUAUUCAUAAUCUGUGCGGAAUACCCCGUAUUUGAGGAUUUUGUGCAACAUCUUAAACUCCCAGACACGUUUCAAACGUGGUUCUCAUUAACCACACUACACAUAUGGAUGUGCUACGUGCGUCUACGCCAAGAAGGACAAGAAGGGUAUCUCAUAAAAAAAUGGAUGGAUAGAGCUCUUUGGGAAGAUAUGAAACACAGAGUGCGUGCAUUCAAAAUCUUAACGAAAAGCCAUAAGCAGAUUAAAGUCUUUCGUGGGCAAUACUUUGGCAAUAUGGUCGGAUAUGAUGAAGCUUUACUAUCCUGCUUAGACUCACAUUUAGCUAGUGCAUUGUGGAGUAAUAUAUGGUUCUGUUGUCCAACAACUACCUUUCAAGAAAUCGAGAUAUUGAUUAAGUAUGUCAGGAAACAGUUAGAACACUUGGAAAAAAUCCCGUCAGAUGUUUUUCUUGGACACGGUACUCCAACGUUUUUACCAUUAAUGCAAGAUGAAAUAGAUGUUUCCCUUGCUAAAGAACGUGUGAGAUAUUGUUUAACUUUUCCCGAACAUCUUAAAUAAAUAAAACAUUUUAAAAUAUCUAUUAAUUUU